ACUAAAUUAGAAAAUUGGAUUAACUUAAAACAUUUAAAAUAAAUAAAUAAAUAAUAGAAUAUCCCAGAAAAAGAAAAGUGAAGAAAUAGGGAGGCAGGCCCACAAGUACAACCCCCACCCACUACUAUCUCAUCUAAUUAUGCUACAUACAUACAUGCAAGGGUUUGUUUGGAAUAUUCUGGCGUCACCUCCAAUUCCAAUCCCCGUCGCUUGCGGAGGCUCCGAAACGCGUCUCCAUUUGUUGUCGCUGGACCACCGACCCCACCCACAUGACCUUCCACCGCCACGUGACUCCACGAAUAUUCUUCCCCCCUUGUUCGACGGCGAAUAUUCCACGCUGGCCUCCACGUGUCACCUCUAAUAUGCUCCUUCUCCUUCUCCCAUUUCCAAACUCCAUGCUACUCUCAUCUAUAUGUGAAGUUGUGAACCUCUCCUCCAUUGGGUGGGUGGGUCCCAUGCUGUUGCCUCAGAUUCGUCGCCGAGGCUACCUAGAAAGUUUAUUUUUGAGUGGGAGAAACAUAAUGGAGAGAAGUUUUGGGUACGAAAACGGGAUUGUGAUGACAAGAGACCCAAAACCGAGGCUGAGAUGGACGGCUGAUCUUCAUGAUCGAUUUGUUGACGCCGUUACUAAACUUGGUGGCCCUGAAAAAGCAACUCCGAAAGCUGUGUUAAGGCUAAUGGGAUUAAAAGGUCUGACAUUAUACCAUUUGAAAAGCCAUUUACAGAAGUAUAGACUUGGGCAGCAGACUCGGAAACAGAAUUUAGUAGAACACAGCAAAGAAAGUAAUGGCUGUUCAUAUGUGCAAUUUGGUAGUCAUUCCUCAGUGACUAGCACAACUUCAUCAAGAGGUGACAAAGAACAAUGUGACAUCCCAAUUACAGAAGCACUUAAACAUCAGAAUGAAGUACAAAAGAGAUUAGAAGAGCAGCUGGAGGUUCAGAAGAAACUACAGAUGAGAAUAGAAGCCCAAGGAAAGUACUUACAAGCCAUACUAGAGAAAGCUCAAAAGAGCCUCUCCCUUGAUAUGAAUGGGCCCGGUAACAUAGAGGUGGCCAAAGCCCAAUUAACAGACUUUAACUUGGCUCUAUCAAACUUCAUGGAGAACAUGACUGAAGUGGAGGAAAAAGCAAGCAUAAUUGAUCAAAUGGGUGGCGUUUAUAGAAAACAAAAUGAUUCAAGCUUCAAGAUUUACCAAGAGAGUAACAGAGAAGACUCUGAAGAUAGUAAGCUCAAAGAUACCAAUACCAUACAUUUUGACUUAAACACCAAAGGUGGGUAUGAUUUUGUAGGUGCUAAUAGCCUUGAAUUUGAACCCAAAAUGCUUUCUUAUGGAAGAUAGUAACUAUUUUUUAUGGAAAAGUAUUACCCCCAGUGUAGAUGCUUCUUAUUAAUUUAUUUUUGGUCAAGUUACUUGCUAUUACAUUUUCUUA